AUGAAGACACAAGGAUUCAGCACGCAGUGUAGAGUGCAUCACUGCUCUCAAUGUCCCGGGGAUACGGAAUUCUACUGCAUGACCUGUAAACACAGCCUUUGUCUAAAUUGUAAAGAGAGACAUGUUAUGAGUCUAGAUACACUGUACCAUGAUGUUGUGAUGUACCGUGAGAAAUUCAAGUGUUUUCUGAAAGAAGAAGCUUGUGUAAGACAUCCAGGCAGGAUAUAUGAAAUGUACUGUCAAUCCUGCAAACUUCCUGUUUGUCGUCAUUGUAAAAUACACAGAAAACACAAAAUAUUAAAUAUCAAGACAGCAUAUAAAACAAACCGACAACAACACAGAGAAAUAAUUCACAACAUCAGAAGUGAGCUUCUCUAUAAUAUUUGUUUCCUUCUUGCAAAAAUCCACUCUGAUAUAAAAAUUUUGCGUAAAGACAUUUCGGAUCAUCAGUCAUUGAUGUCAUCAAAAGCUCAGAGAUUUAAAGAUCUUAUUGAUGAUGUGAUAUGUGAUGUUAAAAUCAAAUACAAUCAUUUUUUGAUUCAUAGAUUACUUAAACAGAGGACAAGAAUGAAAAGACAUCUUACUAUCGUGGAGAGCUAUGAUCAGAAAACUGAACAGUCCAUAAACAGACCUGUAGAAUUUCUCUCAUUUAUAAAGAAUAUUCCUAGCAUUAAAACAAAGGGUACUUGUAUUCUUACAAAACAAGCCCUGAGUACAGAAGUCAACACAGAGGACUUGAUUCAAGAAUUAGGAGAAAUCCAAAAUAUAGAUCGAACAGGAAAAAGAAAAGUAGAAAGUGAAUGUCUACUUAAACUGAUGCCUACACCCGUGUUGCAAAAAUCUGUCACAGUGAGAGGUAUUAGCUUUGUAAAUCACAUUUCCAUGGUGACCUCAGAGCGGGUCUGGGUCAGUGACCAUGAUGAUAUCUAUUUGACAAACACAGUUGGUGAUGUCAUGUGA